GGCUGGAGCAGCAGCGGCGGCGGCGCUGGCAGGGCCGCACCGGGCCGGGCCUGUGCUGAGGAGCCAUGUACACCACCAAGCUCUUCACCCUGGUGCUGGUGGUGCAGCCGCAGCGCGUCCUCCUGGGCAUGAAGAAACGCGGGUUCGGAGCCGGGCUGUGGAAUGGCUUCGGUGGGAAGGUGCAGCCAGGGGAGAGCAUCGAAGAGGCUGCUCGGAGGGAGCUCCUGGAGGAGAGUGGACUGACUGUGAGCACCUUGCAGAAGAUGGGUCAGAUCACAUUUGAAUUUGUGGGCAACUCUGAACUCAUGGAGGUCCACAUUUUCCGGGCAGAUGAUUUUCAUGGAGAGCCAACAGAAAGCGAUGAAAUGCGUCCCCAGUGGUUUCAACUGGAUGAGGUGCCAUUCAGUCGCAUGUGGGCAGACGAUAUCUACUGGUUUCCCCUUGUGCUACAGAAGAAGUUGUUUCGGGGCUAUUUUAAGUUCCAGGGACAAGACACAAUUCUGGAGCACACCCUGAAAGAAGUGGAGGAAGUUUAAGAAAACAGAAGCAGUCAACCCAUGUGCUGCUGCCCACAUUGGGCUGGAACACCACAAGUACUACUUCCAAGGGUCUUCUUUCUCAGCUCUCCAGCAAAGGAGACUGAUGUCAGGUCACUGGGAAGUAACCAGAAAGUAAGGGGGUUUCUCAGAGCAGACAUAAAAGUAAUGAGGUUGUCCAUGCUGUGAAGUCCCUGGCUGUGUUACAUACACUUCAGCCAGGGUUAUGUGAUCACAGCUAUUAAAACCAUAGUGUUAACUCUUUCCUGCACAGGUGAAUGAUGUUUUAGGCUUUCCCCUCAUGGCUGGAAAUGUUUUUUUUUAAAGAUUAAAGCUAUUUU